UUCCUGGAGCAAAACUCCACCUUUGCUGCUGACUUCGUAGCAAGACGCUGGGACAUCUUUAAGGAUGGAGACCCUUCCUGAGCCGCUACUUGUACAGAUCCUGGCCUCCCUCCCUGCAGUAGAGCUGGUGUUGGUAUGUCGGCUGGUUUGCUCCCAGUGGAAGAACCUAAUCGAUGGAGCAGCCCUCUGGCUGCUCAAAUGCCAGCAGGAUGGAUUCGCCGGGGAAGACGCGGAAGAGGAAGGGGCAGAGAGCUGGCAAACGCUUUACUUCCUGAAUAAGAGGAAGCGGAACUUGAUCAAGAAUCCCAGCGGCGAAGAGGGCCUUGAACACUGGGUGGAUGUGGAGCAUGGGGGCGACGGUUGGAAAAUUGAAGACCUGCCUGGAGAUUUCGGGAAAGAAUUCCCCAGCGACGAGGUCCACAAGUACUUUGUCUCGUCUUUUGACUGGUGCAACAAGUCUCAAGUGGUCGAUCUCAGGGCUGAGGGGUACUGGGAAGAGCUGAUGGACACCGUCCAGCCCAAAAUUGUGGUCAAAGACUGGUACGCGGCCCGCUGCGACGCCGGCUGCCUCUACAACCUCAAAGUGAGCCUUCUCUCGGAGAGCGAGGAGGUGGUGGCCGAGUUUGCCAGCGACACCGUUGCCGUCCCGCAAGACAACGAAGGCGAAUGGUUCGAGAUCACUCACACCUUCGCCGACUACGGCUCCGGAGUCCGCUUCGUCCGUUUCGAGCACGGCGGUCAGGACACCGUCUUUUGGAAAGGCUGGUACGGAGCCCGCGUGACGCACAGCAGCGUGACCGUGGAACCGUAACGGCGGCCUUGAAGCCGCGUCCGGCCUACGCAUCAUAACCUCACCGUCACGGAGGCCAGAAGGAACCUUUGCAUGGUUGCGUGGCUCAAGGCCGGACGAA